GCGGACCUUGGCGGCGCGUGGCGCGCGGGAACAGAUGGGCUGGUGACGCAGGACCCGCCCAGCAGUAGCAAUGCGGAGGCCUUUCCCGCGCCUGGAUCUCGACACUGCACCUAAACCUGGACGUGGGGAAGCAGGAAGCAAACCUGGUGGAUCCAAAAGCACGGCAUCUGGGUAGGACCGGGCAGUGAGGCCGCCUCUUCUCGGCCCCGGAGCUCAGCUGCAGUGGCUGCUGAUGCGCCCGGCACCUUCCUUCCGCCUAUGCUUCAAUGGCACAACACUGGACCAGCACAUCUGAAGAGGACAGUGUGAGAAGCCGAGCCCAUGGCCACGUUCCCCGGCCAGCUAUGCGGCAAGACAUUCCUCACCCUGGAGAAGUUCACCAUCCACAAUUAUUCCCACUCCAGGGAGCGGCCAUACAAGUGCCUGCAGACUGACUGUGGCAAAGCCUUCGUUUCCAGAUACAAACUGAUGAGGCACAUGGCUACCCACUCUCCCCAGAAAUGUCACCAGUGCGCCCACUGCGAGAAGACGUUCAACCGGAAGGACCACCUAAAGAACCACCUCCAGACCCACGACCCCAACAAGAUGGCCUUCGGCUGCGAGGAGUGUGGCAAGAAGUACAACACCAUGCUGGGCUACAAGCGGCACCUGGCCCUGCACGCAGCCAGCAGCGGGGACCUCACCUGUGGCGUCUGCGCCCUGGAGCUGGGCAGCACCGAGGUGCUGCUGGACCACCUGAAAGCGCACGCGGAGGAGAAGCCGCCCGGCGGGGCCAAGGAGAAGAAGCACCAGUGCGACCACUGCGAGAGGUGCUUCUACACCCGGAAGGACGUGCGGCGCCACCUGGUGGUGCACACGGGCUGCAAGGACUUCCUG